CGGACAAUCGGCAAGAUGAAUGGACGAUCAAAAAGGAGCAGUGAAGAAGGAAAAACGAAGGAUGAGGAAGGCGAAGCGCGGCCACCUUGCCUCUGUUUUGUGAGGACCCGUCGAAAAUCCAAAAUGGCGGCGGCCGUACGCGUGUGUUGUGCCCUCCGUAUCGCUGUUGGAGGUGCCGGUCCCCUCCGCGCCGCAGGGGGCGCCCUCCACGGAUCCCAACUGCUCAGUCGAGCGUCGCCCUCACUUCCUUUUGUGCCCUUCGGGUGCUUGCAGCCAAGCAGACAUGGGAGCUUCUUCAACAAGUUGACGGCCGAAGAGCUGUGGAAAGGCGUGCUGGCCGAGUCGGGGGCCGGCGCCAGGAAGGGUCGAGGGAAGAGAACCAAGCGCAAGCUGAGGAGGGACCUGAACCGAGGCCAGACCAUCGGGGAAGGUCAAGGAGGCUUCAUGUGGCCCGGGCUGAACGCGCCGGUGUUAAAAGACGGCACCGUGCAGAGCGUCAGCCGCAGAGGUCAAGCCGAGCAGCAGGAAGUGCAAGCUGAACUGGUGCGUCAGCGGGACGAGUGGGAGAGGAAGAGGAAGAUGAAGGUGAAGCGGGAGCGAGGCUGGACAGGGAACUCCUGGGGGGGCGUCAGCCUGGGACCCCCCGACCCGGGACCCAACGGAGAGACCUACGAAGAUUUCGACUCUCGUGUCAUUGAGGUGAAGAGCGUGUUCAACAUGACGGCCAAGGAAGGCAGGAAGAGGUCCAUCAGCUGUCUGGUCGCAGUGGGCAACGGGCAGGGCGCCGCAGGUUUUGCCUUGGGGAAGGCAGCAGACAGAAACACGGCCCUCCGCAAGGCAAAGAAUCGAGCCAUCCACUACUUGUACUACAUAGAACGAUACAACAACCACACCAUUUAUCACGACAUUGACUCCAAGUUCAAGAGGACGACGCUUCGCAUGAAGAAACAGAAUGAAGGUUACGGCCUGCGCUGCCACCGCGCCGUCAUCACCAUGUGCAAGCUGAUGGGCUUGAAAGACAUGUACUGCAAAGUGGACGGCUCCGUCAACCUGCUCAACAUCACCAGGGCGCUCUUCUCCGGGCUGGCCAAUCAGGAAACGCACCAGACGCUGGCGGACAAGAAGCGGCUGCACGUGGUGGAGUUCCGGCAGGAGCGCGGCCCGCUGCCCGUGCUGGUGGCGUCCCCCAAGGAAGGCGCCCGGGCCCUGCCGGAGCCCGAGGACGAGAUCGCCGACACGCGUCUGCACUGGGACGACGUGCGCGCCGCCCAGGGCCUCAAACGCUCCAUCUGGGCCGGCGUCAAGCGCACCAUCUGGUAGAACCGCAAUCAAUAUACCAAAAGAUCUUUGGGCUUUUUUUUUUUUUUUUUUUUUUUUUUUUAGGUCUUUAUUUUCGGAUCACGUAUAUCUGUCGAAUAAUGCUGAUAAUGAUUACAUAUCACAAGCCAACAAUAUUCUUUGUUGGUCUGUGCUCAUAUCGUGUUUCCCACCAUGUGCAUGAAAAAAUAAAAUGCAACU